GCCUACUUUACGCAGUAUACUCGGAAGCAUUCCUAAUCCCAGAUCGGAUCUGUAUCACACUUCAAGGCUUUGUUGAACUUUUCUCGAUGUCCCUCAUCAGUCAGUUGCCCGCACCUGUGCUUAGAAAGCCAGUUGAUGAGACCAAGGGUUCACUUCCAGUUCAAAUUAGCUCCCGGGUACUUGUUGCAAAGUCUGUCAUUCCUCCGUAUGGCCACCGAAAGAACUGGGUCCCACGAUCAGCGGAAGAUUUCCUAGAUGGUGGCGCCUAUCCCGAAAUUCAUGUACCCCAGUUUCCUCUCAAUAUGGGUAAACAAAGAGAAGCCUCUAAUGCCCUCGCCAUAAAAACUGACCAAGAUGGAAAAAUUCGUUACGAUGAGCUCAUACGUCAAGGACACAGUCGCGAUAGGAUCAUUUAUUCCAAAUUCUCGGAUCUUCUGCCGAAAUCUAUUGAAACGAAUGACCCAGAGUUAGAAAAGCCUAGCCAGGAAGUUAUUCAGGAGACAACUGAAAAAACGCGUUUGGCUCUUGAGCUCCUGGUGGAGCAAAAGGUUGCAGCCGCUGCGCCAGUUCGUCGGGCUGAAAAAAGUGCUCCCGCGGAAUAUAUCCGUUAUACCCCUUCGCAACAGGGUAUCGCUUUUAACAGCGGUGCCAAGCAGCGAUUGGUGCGAAUGGUGGAGGCACAAAAAGACCCUAUGGAGCCCCCUCGUUUCAAAAUAAAUCAAAAAAUCCCACGUGGUCCACCUUCUCCGCCACCGCCAUUAAUGCACUCACCGGCGCGUAAAGUCACCGUUAAAGAACAACAAGAUUGGAAGAUUCCCCCAUGCAUAUCGAACUGGAAAAAUCCCCGCGGAUACACUAUACCAUUAGAUAAGCGCGUAGCUGCGGAUGGUCGUGGUCUUCAAACCGUACACAUUAAUGAAAACUUCGCCAAGUUGGCGGAGGCUUUGUACACGGCUGAUCGCAAAGCCCGCGAAGCCGUUGAAAUGCGUGCACAAAUUGAGCGCAAGGUCGCACAGAAACAAAAGGAACGAAAAGAAGAGCAGUUGCAGAGAAUCGCACAGCAGGCUCGGGAAACUAGAGCUGGCCUUAGGCGCCCUGGUGCUCCUGUGGAGGAUGUGGGCGCUGAUCCAGGUUUAGAUGAUCGAGACGAGCUGAGAAGAGAACGAGCAAAAGAUCGCGUUCGUGAGCGCAAUUUAGCUCGUUCGGGUCUUGAAAAUAAGGCACGGGCUCAGAAGGAAAAAGACCGAGACAUAAGUGAGCAGAUUGCUCUUGGUCUACCAAAUCCGCGAGCUAAUGCUACCGAUGAAGUGCAAUUCGACCAGCGACUAUUUGACCAAUCGAGGGGCUUGGACUCUGGAUUUGCUGGGGGAACUGAUGAUCUCUACAAUAUUUACGACCGUCCUUGGAGAGGCGACUCAGAAUUAGCCUCCCACAUCUACCGACCGAGAGAGAAAGAUAAUGACACUUACGGCUCCGAUCUAGAUGCCCUCCAGAAGACUAGGCGUUUUGUUCCUGACAGGGAAUUUGCUGGUACGGACCGCACUCGCCGACUAGAUGGACCAGUUCAGUUCGAACGCGAUGAGGACCCUUUCAAUCUCAGCAAAUUCUUGUCAGAGGCUAAGAAAGCUCAGAAGAGACCGGGGGAGGGCGUUUCCGGCGAUACCAGCAAUCGUGAUACCACCAGCCGGAAAAAGGAUCGUAGAGACUGAGCGUUUUCUUUUGUUUCUUGUAUAUACAUUUGUCACCUUAAUUUUACCUAUCCCGAUAAUUCCUUCUUUUUUCUAUUGAGCGUUCGUCGUCGUUACAUUGCGUUUCUGCUGCGUGAAGAAGUUCUCACCGCCUCUGUGUAUUCUAAGACUGCAGUCUGCUGGGAAAUUAUGCACUCGUUUCGCUUGUUCUGUGGAAUUCACCCGUUCGACUUUUACCAUCGAAUUUUACUGUGAUCAGCCUUCGCUAGCUCUUCAUCUGUCCUCACCGGUUGCAGCCAAUUCGUUUAUCUUCAAAUUUUCCAUGUACCUAGCAUCAUAAGUUUUGGUCAGUCAUAAGUUCACUGUUAAUUGCCCUGCCCCUCUAUUAGGUUUUCCUGCUAUCUUUGUUUUGAUAUCUCACCCUUACUGGUGCGCACGUAACGUAAGCUCAGGACAGCAGUUCUGCUUUACUGAAUGCAAU